AUUUGGAAUGUUCACAGUGUGCUCAAUGUGCUGUAUUCUUUGGUGGAGAAAUCCAAGAUUAAUCACCAGCUUGAGAGGUAUAACCAAGGGGGUGACCCAGACUCAGUGGCUGGUGAGUUUGGAAUUCAUCCACUCUACAAGAUGCUGGGUUACUUCAGUCUGAUAGGUUUGCUGAGACUGCAUUCACUGCUUGGUGAUUAUUUUCAGGCCAUCAAAGUUUUAGAGAAUGUUGAGCUAAACAAGAAGAGUCUAUACUCAAGAGUUCCAGCUUGCCAGAUCACUACUUACUACUAUGUUGGGUUUGCUUACCUCAUGAUGAAGAGGUACCAGGAUGCUAUUCGCAGUUUCUCCAAUAUUCUGCUUUACAUUCAGAGGACCAAAAAUAUGUUCCAAACUAAAUCCUAUCAGUAUGAACAGAUAAUGAAGAAGAAUGAUCAGAUGUAUGUACUGCUGGCCAUCUGUCUGACAUUAUGUCCACAGCGAAUUGAUGAAAAUGUUCACUCACAACUGAGGGAGAAAAAUGCAGAUAGGUUGCAACGACUUCAGCGUGGAGAUUUGCAGACAUUUGAGGAGUCGUUCUCGUAUGCUUGUCCUAAGUUUAUCUCCCCAGUCCCUCCGAACUUUGACGCCCCUCCAGCUAAUUUUAACAGGGAACCGUUUAAUCUUCAGCUGAAAGUUUUCAUGAAUGAAGUGUCGCAGCAAUCUCUGAUACCAGUAAUUAGAAGCUAUUUGAAGUUGUACACCACAAUGCCCAUCGCAAAGCUUGCUGCAUUUUUAGACAUGGAUGAGAGUCAGUUCAGGACCCAACUGCUCUGCUUCAAGCAUAAACAGAGGAAUCUUGUGUGGACGAAAGGAACAGAUGCUCUUGAGGGAGAGCUCCAGUCUUCCUCUGAAGUGGACUUUUACAUUGACCAGGAUAUGAUACACAUCGCAGAUACGAAAGUUGAACGGCGGUAUGGAGAUUUCUUUAUUCGACAGAUUCACAAGUUUGAGGAGGUCACUAAGAACAUCCAAGCAGUCCAGUAACACUUAAACAAUCACCUGAGGAAAGAUACCGUAAUAACUUAAAUACCGUAAUAAUCAGUAAUAACAUGCAUAAACGAGAAGUACCCUUGCCAACAUAUUGCAAUAUUCAACAGUCAUUUGAUGGAAAACAGUGUAUAUGCAACACGUCAUUAAAAGGUCAUAAAAGUAAAA